ACAAAAGAUACAAACAAUAAGAUGUUUAUCAUCGGCAAUAAUGAUUAUCCAAUACCGCGAGUGGUUUUUUAACCUUACGAAGAAAAAAGUCCAUUUUUGGACAUUUGUUUAAGUAUCUACAGUUUCCAGGUGUGCUUAAUUGCUCGAAUGCCUUUUAAUUAAUUUGACUUGGGAAAUAUCAAAUGCGAUAUAAAUUGAAUGUGUCGACCAGAACAACCCAUGAUUUUCCUCACUAAUUAACCAGCAUGCCUAUAAAGAAACAGAUCGACUUCCAAUUUUGUUUUGUUCACCUUUCUCCUCAUAUAAACAAGCCUUUGGGGAAGUCCUGAACUGGUUGCGGUUUUGAAUCUUAGGUUACAAUUUACGUUUGCACUGAGAAACAAGAAUGCCUGCAGUUUAUAACUGCCCAACUUUCUUCUUAGUCCCAAUUCUUGUUUUCCUACUCAUCCUCCUCUACUUCUUUUUCCCCUUGGCUCCCCUCCAAAAUCUCAACAUUGCUUCUUUAACUUCUUCUACAAUCAAACUCAGCAGUGUUAAUCCACAACGUUCUCUCUGGAUCACCUCUCAAUUCAAAGCUAAUCAAGGAGUUGGAAAUGCAAGAACAAAACUCCAAAUAACCAGCUUAGAAGAGAUGGAAGAAGAUUUAGCAAGGUCUCGGGCAGCAAUCCACAAAGCAGUUCAAUGGAAAAGAUACAUUUCUCACAAGAAUGAGACCUUCAUUCCAAGAGGUUCCAUUUAUAGAGAUCCAUUUGCGUUCCAUCAGUUGAGUAUAUCUGAUCUGACCCUCAAAAAUAGUCCAUUUAAUUUGUUAUAAAUUAAUAAAGUUCAAUCAAUAUUAACAUAUCAUAAUUUCUAUUAUUCUUGUACUAAUAAAAAAAAUUACAGGAGUCACAUAGAAAUGUUGAAAAGAUUCAAGGUAUGGAUUUACAGAGAAGGAGAUAAUCCAAUAGUGCACAAAGGGCCAUUAAAGGACAUCUACGCAAUAGAAGGACAAUUCAUAGAUGAAAUGGAGAUGGGAAACAACAAUUUCAGGGCUUCUCAUCCCGAUGAAGCCCAUGCAUUCUUUAUUCCAAUCAGUGUGGCAAACAUUGUGAAGUAUGUUUACAUGCCCAUCACGAACUACUCACGUGACAAGCUUCAAAGGUUGGUUGAAGACUACAUUGGUGUAAUAUCUCACAAAUAUCCUUAUUGGAAUCGAAGCAAUGGAGCUGACCAUUUCAUGGUCUCAUGUCAUGACUGGGCACCAGAUAUUUCAAAAGCAAAUCCUGAAUUGUUCAAGAACUUCAUCAGGGUUCUAUGCAAUGCCAACAUUUCAGAAGGAUUUCAACCAGCAAGAGACGUAUCAUUGCCGGAAAUAUACGGGCCGCCUGAAAAUCUCGCAACACCAGAAAAAGGCCUGAUUCCAAACAAGCGCCCGAUCCUGGCAUUCUUCGCCGGAGGCGCCCACGGGGACAUCAGGGAAACAUUGUUGAAGUACUGGAAAAACAAUAACAAAGACGGCAUUAAAGUAUACGAAUACCUCCCGGAAGGACAGAAUUAUUCCAAACUGAUGUUGGAAAGCAAGUUCUGUCUUUGUCCGAGUGGAUUUGAAGUGGCUAGUGCGAGAUUGGUGGAGGCCAUUUAUGCCGGAUGUGUUCCGGUUAUAAUUUCGGACCAUUAUUUCUUGCCGUUUAGUGAUGUUUUGGAUUGGAGUGAGUUUUCGGUCAGUUUAAGGAUUGAGCAGAUUCCUAAGAUGAAGGCCAUUUUGGAAGGGAUUUCUCAGGCUAAGUAUUCCAGAAUGCAGAAGAGAGUGAGGAGGCUUCAAAGGCAUUUUAGGCUUAAUAGGCCGGCGAAACCAUUUGAUGUUAUUCAUAUGGUGCUUCAUUCGGUUUGGCUCAGGAGAUUGAAUUUGAGGCUCCAAACUUGAGAAAUGCACUCUACUUUCUUUAAUUUGUCACUCUAAGUUGUAAACAUUUUUGUCUAAUUGUCUUUUUUAAUGUGCGAUUACUUACUUCUUGAUUAUUAUUAUGUUAUGUUGUUGUUACUAGGCGAUUUUUGUUUGAGAAUUUAUUGGCUAUAUUUAUUAACUACGUCCUUUUCCCUGUUAUUUUUCCCCCUUGUUAUACAUUACAACAAUGUGUUUCCAUGUACUGCGUCAUGUUAAAAGUUCAC